UCAAGUUGCUGCCUUCCCAGAGUCUGUGCGCUCAGGUCAGCUGGCCUGGCGGGAACUCGGGACUCACCUCCUCGGGCUCCCUGUCCUGCAGACUUGCAGCCAUGACCACUGUUGAACAGAGUAUCUGCCAAGCCCGGGCUUCCGUGAUGGUCUACGAUGACACCAGUAAGAAAUGGGUACCAAUCAAACCUGGCCAGCAGGGCUUCAGCCGGAUCAACAUCUACCACAACACUGCCAGCAACACCUUCAGAGUCGUCGGAGUCAAGCUUCAGGAUCAGCAGGUUGUGAUCAAUUAUUCAAUCGUGAAAGGGCUGAAGUACAAUCAGGCAACGCCAACCUUCCACCAGUGGCGAGAUGCCCGCCAGGUCUACGGUUUAAACUUUGCAAGUAAGGAAGAGGCAACCACGUUCUCCAAUGCCAUGCUGUUUGCCCUGAACAUCAUGAAUUCCCAGGAAGGCGGCCCCUCCAGCCAGCGUCAGGUGCAGAAUGGCCCCUCUCCCGACGAGAUGGACAUCCAGAGGAGACAAGUGAUGGAACACCAGCACCAGCAGCGCCAGGAGUCUCUCGAGAGAAGAGCCUCGGCCCCAGGACCCAGCCUCCAGCCGGGGCACCCGUCCUCUGCAGCCUGCGCCCCCCUCUCAUGUAGCGGCCCUCCACCCCCCCCCCCACCCCCUGUCCCACCGCCACCCACGGGAGCCACACCCCCGCCCCCGCCCCCACUGCCGGCUGGAGGAGCCCAGGGCACCAGCCACGACGAGAGCUCCGUGUCCGGCCUGGCCGCCGCCCUGGCUGGGGCCAAGCUGAGACGAGUCCAGCGGCCAGAAGAUGCAUCCGGAGGCUCCAGUCCCAGCGGGUCCUCUAAGUCUGACGCCAACCGGGCCAGCAGUGGGGGUGGCGGAGGAGGCCUCAUGGAAGAGAUGAACAAGCUGCUGGCCAAGAGGAGAAAAGCAGCCUCCCAGACAGACAAGCCGGCUGACAAGAAGGAAGACGAAAGCCAAACAGAAGAGCCCAGCACCUCUCCAUCUCCGGGGACCCGAGCAGCCAGCCAGCAGCCCCCCAACCCGUCAGAGGCCAGCCGGAAGCCCUGGGAGCGGAGCGGCUCAGCGGAGAAGCCCGUGUCCUCCUCGCUGUCCAGAACCCCGUCUGUGGCCAAGAGCCCGGAAGCUAAGAACCCCCUGCAGGCACAGCCUCAUUCUAGGGUGAAGCCGGCAGGGAGUGUCAACGAUGUGGCCCUGGAUGCCUUCGAUUUGGACCGGAUGAAACAGGAGAUCCUCGAGGAGGUGGUCCGGGAGCUUCACAAAGUGAAGGACGAGAUCAUCGACGCCAUCAGGCAGGAGCUGAGCGGGAUCAGCACGUCGUAGGCCAGAACCCCCGACGCCGCCCACAACCCGGGCCACCUGACGGCGGGGACCCCAUGGAGCCCAGCACCCAGGCCUCUGGCACACUCAGCACGCGCUGAAGCUAGGACGUGCUUCGUUUAAAAGUCUUAACCUGUGAUAAAAUAUUAAAAUGAGAAAAGUUCAGUUCCUCGAUUUUUUUAGAUUCAACCUGACAGAACACCAGGCCUGCCGCCUUUUUUUGUAUUUUAUAUAUGCCUAUUUAAGUGUACGUUUCUUUGGGUUCAUAGAGAAGACACCCCAAGUCACGCGCCUCGUUAGAAGGUCUCAAGUUCUCUUCUAGGUGCCCCCGGGAGCAGCGGCCGCUACCACAUGGCUCCUCCCUGCAUCCUGGCGGCAAGGAUCCGUCCACGCACCAAGCCGUCUGUGUCCACGUGGUAAUAAACGCUUACU